GGAGUGGUCAGAAACACGCAACAAUUCGAUUUCAUUCCACCUAUAAUUGACAGCUCGUACAUGGUGAAACACGAUCGUCGCUCUCUCUAUCUCGAGUGCUGUGGCUGGAUCUGGGAUAGCUGUAGUGUAAUAACAAUCAUGCCCAGUUCUGACACACAAACUCCCCUCUUACACGAAGUUGUUGAUGGCUGCGUUGACUACAAUGGCAGCCCUGUUUACAGGUCCAUCUCUGGUGGAUGGCGAUCGGCUUUUUUCAUAAUAGGUGUGGAAGUUGCAGAGAGGUCAGCGUAUUAUGGGAUAUCUUCCAACUUGAUAACUUAUUUGACGGGAACGCUUGGCCAGUCAACUGCUACUGCUGCAGAGAAUGUAAAUGUCUGGUCAGGAACGACGAUGUUACUUCCUCUGUUAGGCGCAUUUAUUGCUGAUUCUUUCCUUGGUAGAUACAGGACUAUUGUUGUUGCUUCUUGUAUUUACAUUUUGGGACUGAGCUUGUUGACUCUGUCAGCAGUGCUUCCUUCUUCUAGAGAUUCUGGCUGCCAAACUGCUGAUGCUAUCGGCUUGUGCUCUCCUGAUCACCGACAAGUAAUUGUAUUCUUCUUUUCUCUCUAUAUCGUAGCAAUUGGUCAAGGAGGUCACAAGCCCUGUGUUCAGGCUUUUGGAGCUGAUCAGUUUGAUGGGCAACAUCCCGAGGAAAGCAAAGCCAAAAGCUCAUUCUUCAAUUGGUGGUAUUUUUCUAUGAAUUCAGGGAUGGUGAUAGCGCUGUUAAUCUUGAACUACAUCCAAGACAACCUUAAUUGGGGACUUGGAUUUGGAAUCCCAUGUAUUAUAAUGGUUGGUGCACUUAUUGUCUUCUUACUUGGAACCAAGACAUAUAGGUAUGGUAUCAAAACGGCAGAGAGAAGUGCAUUUCUGAGAAUUGGCCAGGUAUUUGUUGAAGCUGCAAGGAAUUGGCGAACUAAUUCUUCUGCCAUAGAUUUCAGGGAAGGAGCUCUUGGCAUCGUACCUCACCAACGUUCUGAGCAAUUCAAGUUUCUCAACAAAGCCCUGCUUACCCCAAAUGGCUCAAAGGAAGACGGGAAAGUUUGUAGCAUUGGUGAAGUUGAAGAAGCUAAGGCAGUACUUAGGCUUGUUCCCAUAUGGACUACAUGCUUGAUAUAUGGUAUUGUUUUUGCACAGUCCUCGACUUUCUUUACUAAGCAAGGAGCAACUAUGGAUAGAUCGAUUUCAUCAGGUCUUGAUGUCCCUGCGGCAUCACUUCAAUCCCUCAUUUACCUUUCCAUUGUUUUUCUUAUUCCGUUCUAUGACCGUGUCCUUGUUCCAACGGCAAGAGCUAUAACCAGGAAACCUUCAGGCAUUACAAUGCUUCAGAGAAUUGGAACUGGGAUAUUUUUAUCUGCUCUGUCCAUGGUACUUUCUGCCGUUGUUGAGAUGAAGAGACUGAAAACUGCUCGUGAAUAUGGACUAGUUGAUCUGCCAAAUUCAACAAUUCCAAUGAGCGUUUGCUGGUUAGUUCCACAAUAUAUCUUGUAUGGAGCUGCUGAUGUUUUCGCCAUGGUUGGUCUCCAAGAAUUUUUCUACGAUCAGGUCCCAAGUGAAUUGAGGAGUGUCGGUCUUUCACUCUACCUUAGUAUCUUCGGCGUAGGAAGCUUUCUAAGCAGUUUUCUUAUCUCUGGCAUUGAAAAAGCAACUGGUGGGGAUGGUCAUGGUAGCUGGUUUGCUGAUAACCUGAAUCGGGCUCAUCUUGAUUACUUUUAUUGGCUACUGGCCGGGCUAAAAAUGGCCACCGAAACUCCACUACUCUUGCCCUGUGCCGUCGAUAGCUCAGUUGACUACAAAGGCUUCUCCAAUUCUGGUGGAUGGAAAUGCGCAUUUUUAAUUAUAGGUGUUGAAGUUGCAGAGAGGUCUGCUUAUUUUGGGAUAUCAGGGAACUUGAUAACGUAUUUGACGGGGCCUUUAGGGCAGUCCACGGUUACGGCAGCGGAGAAUUUGAACUUGUGGUCGGGAACAGCGUGGUUGCUGCCUUUGUUAGGUGCCUUUGUAGCUGAUUCAUUCCUUGGCAGAUACAGAACCAUUAUUGUCGCAGCAUCUAUGUAUAUCUUGGGACUCAGCUUGUUGACUCUAUCAGCCGUGCUUCCUUCUGUCCGUGCUAAUGACUGCCAUAGUGCCGAUACUAUCCAGUUGUGCUCUCCUGAUCCAAGUCUCAUAUUGUUCUUCUUUGCUCUCUAUCUAGUAGCAUUCGGACAGGGUGGGUUCAGGCCUUGUGUUCAGGCCUUCGGAGCUGAUCAGUUUGAUGGGCAAGACCCUGAGGAGCGCAAAUCCAGAAGUUCAUUCUUCAAUUGGUGGAAUUUUGGUAUGAAUGCUGGCGUAAUAGUGAUCCUGCCGUUCUUAAACUAUAUCCAAGACAACCUUAAUUGGGGUUUCGGAUUUGGAAUCCCAUGUGUUAUUAUGGCUGUUUCCCUUGUAAUUUUCCUUCUUGGAACCAAGACGUAUAGGUAUAGUAUCAGAAGGGAGGAGGAACAUCCGUUUCUGAGAAUUGGUCGAGUCCUUGUUAAAGCUUUUAAGAAUUGGCGAAUCUCUCCUGCAGUAUCUUUCAAUGAAGAUGCUAGCUGCAUCGUGUCUCGCCAAAAUUCUGAGCAAUUCGAGUUCCUUAAUAAAGCUCUGCUUGAAAUCAAUGGCUCAGAGGAUAGCUGGAUGGCCUGUACCCCUAGAGAAGUUGAAGAAGCUAAGGCAGUGCUCAGGCUUGUUCCUAUAUGGACUAGCUGCUUGAUGUUUGCCACUGUGGGUUCACAGGUGGGAACUUUCUUUACUAAGCAAGCAAGAACAAUGGAUAGAUCAAUUUCAGAACGUCUUGAAUUUCCUGCUGCUUCAAUUCAAUUAUCAAUUCCCUUGGCAGCUGUUGUUUUAGUUCCUAUCUAUGAUCGUGUCUUUGUCCCUGUAGCAAGGAGAUUAACUGGGGAACAUUCUGGCAUUACAAUGCUUCAGAGAAUUGGAACUGGGUUAUUCUUAUCUGUUCUGGCCGUGGUAGUUGCUGCCCUAGUUGAAAUGAAGAGGCUCAAAACUGCUGAGGAACACGGACUAGUUGAUAUGCCAAAUGUGACGAUUCCAAUGAGUGGUUGGUGGUUAAUUCCUCAACUUGUCUUGCUCGGAGCUGCUGAUGUGUUUACCAUAAUUGGUCUGCAAGAAUUCUUCUAUGAGCAGGUCCCAAGUGAACUAAAGAGUGUAGGUCUUGCUCUCUUCCUCAGUGUCAUUGGCGUAGGAAACUUUCUGAGCGGCUUUCUCAUCUCUGUAAUUGACAAGACAACUGGUAAGGAUGGUGAUGAUAGCUGGUUUGCAAAUAACCUGAAUCGGGCUCACCUUGAUUACUUUUACUGGAUACUAGCUGUCUUAAGUGUUGUUCAGCUGGUUGCUUUCUUGUAUUUUUCAAAAUCUUACAUUUAUAAGAGGGGAAGCACCAUAUAAAAGCACUGUUCCUUACUCUCAUUCUAUGUCAAAUGUGAAUUUGUUUUGUAAAUUUUUAAUUCUAUAGCAAAUGUACAGCCAUUUCCUUACAA